ACUAACCGAGAAGAAAAACUUUAUGAAGUCGCGCAAAAGCAACCCAUUGGAGGGUCAGAACUCUCCUUCGUCGCGGGGAAUCUUGUGCUCUGACCCGGCAGCAGGAGCCAGACCGACCGUCGAUAUGUGUGAGAGCAGAGCGAUUCCCAGCGGGGAGGUGUACCGGCAGCUGUUCGACGCUCAGGCUCAGCUGUCCAGGGGUCUGCUGGCCGGACGAAGAGACAUGAGGAUGGAUUGUGUGUCUGCUGAGGACAGUAACAUACGCUGUAGCAGCAGGUUCUGUUCUUACUCCAGCAAGAGGCAGCAGGUGGAUGAUGAAGAUGAUGUCAUCAGUGAUGUUGCCAGCCUUCCUGACUCAGUAGAGGUUGACCGUCAGUGCUCUGACAUCAUCAAUCAGCUGAUGAAGAAGAAAAGUCUGAAAAAUCAGGAAGCUGUGAAACAGCUGGAAACACACAUGUCUCACCUGUCCCAGGUGUGUGAGACACAGGUGAGGACCUUCAGCCUGCAGCUGCUGGAAUCUCUGCAGGAUGCCAACCGCAGAUUGGGAACCCUCAUGGUCAGAAUGCGCACUCUCCAAAACCUCAGUCUGCAGGAGGUUUGCGCUCUCUGGGAGGAGGUGGAGGAGGAGGUGACGAUGAAGAAGGUCAAAAUCUCAGAGCUGAACCUCAAACUGAGCGAAUGUGAAAGACAACGAAGUGACAAGAUCAGAGCUGUUCUCAAGAAAUACUGCUGCCUGCUGGAGGAGAUUGGCUUCCUGUCUCCACCCGACAUCCAUAGACUGAUCCACACCGAGGCCACGAUGUUGAAUCAGUCUCUGCUAGCGAACCGUCGCAGCAUUGCUUGUCUGCUUCUGCACCUGCAAGAGGAGAAUCUGCAGAGGGAGUCAGUCUUUCGUCAUCUCUGGGAGGACGGUCUGAGCCUCUGGAAGAGUAGUAAAGUGGAUGACAUUGUCAGCCAGUUCAGUUUGUGUUGCAGGAGUCUCUGCAUCAGCGCUGAAGGUCAACAGCUGGUCUCAGACCAGCAGAAAGAAAUGGCCCAACAUGGUCUGAAUGAAACACGUUGUGACAUCAUUCGAAAGAUCAGCUUCCUUGUCCCACCCACCUGCUCUCCUGCUCUGGUCUCUGAUUGGCUCGAGCAACUGACAGCUGUUAAUGAACAGAUUGACUGUCUUCAUGCAGACUUCCUCCAUGAGCUGCGUCAUGGUUUUGAACAAACUUUGCAGGAUUACCUGGCACAGGUGGAGUGCUGUAAGGAGGCGCUCUCAGCUCUGCAGCUGUCAGAUGAGCAGGUGAACGACAUCGUCAGCUCCCGGCUCCUUUCUCUGAUUGGACAACGCCGGACUCACUAUGAAGCUCGAUUGGCUGCUUUACAUGUGUACAGGGACUCUGUGGCCCGUCACGCUCUCAGUAUCAGUAGGUGUGUGUUUGUUGUGAUGCAAGCAGCAGCGUUGCUAUGGGAGACGCACAACUGCAGGUUACGGAGGAGAAAAGAAGAACUGCAUGAACGCCUGGAUGACAUGAGACGUUCACAACAACAACACAUAAAGAUGAAAAAGGAGAAUGUGGACGACCUGUUGAGGCAACUCCGUCAGGGGAGCAGUGAGGACAGUCUGAAGACAUGUCUGGAUGAAGCCAUUGUUUACCUACAGGACAUUGAGAACAGCUACAGACAGCAUUUCAAUGAUCUGCUGGAGGUCCCGAAUCAUCUCCCGGCUGUCUUCAAGGAGGAGGUGCUCUCCUACAGCAGCAGCCUCAGUUCCUUUCUCCGCCUCAGCCUCAGCCACACCCAUCAACCGCUGUUUCCUCCUCAGAGUCCAGAAGAUUUGCAGAACCUCCAUCCAUCAUCCACCUGCAGCAUCCAGCUUGACCAGCUGGGUCCAGAAGUCAGCGGGCGGGUUGCAACACAGACACCAGAUGAGAUGAUGGCAAAAUAUCCAAUCAGCUUCCAGAAUGAUGCAGAUCAUUCUGCAUACACCUCCCAAGAUUGGCUGACUGAGGCAGAGUCCUCUUUGCUUGAGCUUUGUGACAUCAGGGCCUCUGUCACCAUUACAUCAUCAGGAGGCGUGGUCUACUCUGGCCCCACCUUCAAACUUGCCUCACCUGACAUAUCGACCAACCAGCAUCAGGAAACACACUUGAGUGUGUUACCUGUGGAGUUGCUCACAUACACACUGAACAGAACCAGGACUCUUUUUCUGGACCACCUUGAGCAGCAUUUCCACGACUGCCUCAGAUCCGCUGCUGUUAUGGUAACAAACUGGAAGGAGGCAUUGUGCUCAGAUCAGGAAGUCCAGCUACAGAAGCUGAAACCUGAACACAUCAAGACCCACAUCUACGAACCCCGCUUGGCUGAGUUGCAGCUCCAUCAGCAGUGUGUUGAUGCCCACUGUGAGGAGAUGUUGGACAUGUUGAACUCCUGCAGAAUGGAUCUGCAGGAGCUGCAGACCUCCAUCAGCAGGAGAAACCAGGAGCUUGUCACCAAACUGUCCAACCUGGAGGACGACGUUCAGACGGCACGCAGCAGCCGAUGUCUGGAGGACAUUAGCUCCAUCCUGCAGCACCUUCUGGAUGAACAUAUGAAACAUACCAAGAGCCGUCAGACCGGUUUCAGAAACACGGUCAGGAUGCAGCUGGAUGAGGCCAGAAGCAGAACCGCACACUUCCUGACCUCCUUCAGGAUGUUCAGUGAAGGUGGAGACUUUGCUCCUCAGGAAAUGAAGAUGUUUCAGAGGAGGAUGAGGACAGAGACCAGAACCAUCAAUGAGACAGAGGAAUACAUCUGGGCCCAGCUGGAGGCUUUCGAGUCUAGGAGUUUCCAGAAGGUGACGGAGGCGUCGGCUCAGCUGGAGGAGAAACUCGCCUCCCUAAAGUCUGAGCUGACAUUCACAGAAGAGAUCCACAAGAUCACAAGCAGUACCCAGGUUCAGAUCAAGGCUCAGGCAGCCCUCAGUAACCAGCAUCAGUCUGUGAUCAACAAAAAGUUGGAGGAUGUGAGGGUGAUGAUGGAGGAUAUUCAGGUGUCUCCAGGUCAGCUUUUUCCUGUGAUGUCAUCAGUCAGUGAAGAAAUCAUGAAGCGUUGUCAGUAUCUGGAUUUUAAAUUGGAAGAUUUUGCCUCGUCAGCUCCUCCUGAAUCUAGGACGCAGGUCCAGCAUUCCCCACCUCCUGGUCUACUGAAUCCAACGAGGACAGGUGUGGACCUCCUGGAUGACCCUGUUAUUGAUGUCAUCAUGUGCCUGAACAGGCUCUGUUUGGUCCAGGAUUCUGCUACAGAGAACCACCUAAGAGGAGAAACAGCUGCUGGUCAGAGUCCGGGCCAUUAUCAGCAGAGAGGAGCCGAUUCUGUCGGUGGACUCAGGAAGAGCUGCACGUCCAUCAGGUCUAAGAAAAAGCUCCAGAUCUUUGGAUCCAAACACGAGGACCAGUCGAGCUCACACUCAUUCAGCUCAUCAAUGAAUUCUGUGCUGUGGAAAACCAACGACACCCUACUGCAGAUCGCUGAGGACUUCUAUAGCAGCAAACAUCACAGCUGCUUCCACCUGCUUCCUGAUUCUCUGGACCAAUGGGCUGAGAGCAUGCAGGAAAGGCUGCUGGGAUACCAGGAACAGGCCAGGAGGUUUUUGAGCAUGAGCAGAGAAGAUCUAAUGAAGCAGAUGUCUGAAUUCAGGGAGCUGCUGAGUUCAUUACCUGCAGCCUUAAUAAGUAGCCAUGAGCAACAGCAUGAGGCAUGGCUCAGAGAUGAGGUAUGUAGAGUCAAGAAGAAGCUGGAAGAAGCGAUGGCAGCUAGUACGAAGGAAAAGAGUGUGAAUGUCCGUCAGCUGCAAGUGUUUCUCAGUGAGGAAGAGCUGCAGGUGCUGAACAGCAAAGAGGAGCUCAGACAGCAGCAGCUCUAUAGCAUCAUCUGCUCUGUAUACCUGGAGCUGCAGGAGUGUGUACGAGCCAGAGGGGAGGAGUUUGUGACAUCUCUGCACUCCCUAUCAGAGAAUCUGCUCCAUCAGCUGGACGCCCUGCUCAUACCUGCAGUUUCCACAGAAACCGAUUUAGAAGUGACACACCAGCACAGUGAAGACAGCGCUGUUACCAUGGAGACCGAAGGUAAAAAAGGAAGGAAACUCAGCAGAAGAAGCAGCUCAGCUGACCCACCAUCCUCUGUUACCAGGACAACAACAGCAUCCAUCUGCACAGAUAAGUGCACCAUAAAACAAACAGUUGUCAAGACCAGCGAUGCUGCUGUGAAGCGUUUCAAGCAGCUGGUUGGGUCAGAGUUGUCGUGUUCAGAUGAUGACAAACAAAGACAACUGAGUGAAGAACACUCCUGGAACACACAUUGGAGACAACAGAUACACACUCUGAAGCUCAUGCGCACAUAUUAAUGCUACACCUGUAAGGAACGUGAUGACAGCAGCCGGCUGCUUUAUCGGCUGCUAAUAAACCAGAUGAAGAACUCCUGUUAUUGGUGUAUUGUUCCUUUUCUGCCUGUAGCAAAUUCUGGUGAGACAAAGGACCCGGCAGUAAGAGGAGACACACACACCUCGAAAAAUCGUGUUUGAAAUUUUAUCGAUUAACAACUGUCACAGCUGGAGUUUAAACAGAAGGCCAGAGGAUUAGCUUUCCCUUAAAGAAAAACACUUUGGCUGCACCUAAAUUAUUGUUUUGAAUGAGGGAGGUUGCCUUUACCCAUAAAUCUGUCAGUAGAGCCAUGCACGAUCCAUGAACUCACACCAAACUACCUUUUAUUUUCUAAGGAAUCAACAAAAUCUUUUAACAUGCGCUUUUCACAUUAGAUCUUCUCCCCCACAUGCUGGACAGUGAUGUAUGCCAGAAACCCCUUUUCGGGAUCUCACAGAAAUCACAGAUCCAGUAACAGGAUUCUCCAUGUUAAUUAAAGUUCGGAGUUUCAUAACAGUGUAUUUGUUAAGUUCACAUUUGUCACUACAUUGCAGAGACUCACUCUUGUGUUGCCACUUGUCCCACAAGAUCUGUUAUGAGAUUCCAUGUCCGUGCACUAGCUAGUGUUUACACACCUGCAGUGCUACUGAAGGUUAUAUCUCAGAGCUGUAGAAAAUAGCUAUAUUGACAGAGAAACCAUUCCAGCUGGUUUUGCAAGAUGAGUUAUCUAAGUUGAGGUCUACAGCUGCAACCGUUGUAGCAGAUGUUGUUUUGAACCAUAAUGACGAAGAUUCCACACCAACUGUGAGCUCAGUUCCAAUCACCACAUAGUCUGUUAUUGCUCCUGCUGCUCCCAUUGAAGUGCACUGAGUUUCCUCAGUAGCACAAAAUGUGACCAAUGAGCAACAGACAAGACAACUGUUAUCGCCAGCUAGUUUAUGCUCAAACUUAGCUUCUAGCAACAUGAACCCACAUGAAAUACAAAAGGUUGUGGUAGAACCUAUAGCGAGGAAUGAGGAGUCCUCACAUUAUACCUCUUUGCAUCUUUGAGCUUUCUCAGACUGAUUGCCACAUCCAAAUAAUGAAGCACACUAUGAAACUAGGUGUUGAAGUGUAGAGCUUCUUCUGACAGACCCAGCAUUGUCUGACUUGAAUCGAUCCAGAAAAAUUGUAGAUAGCUUGUUGUCCCCAGCCUCAGACUUAAUUAAGCACCACAAGCUUGUAUCUGCAACUCCUUGAUUCAGCUUAUGGCACAGCAGAAGAUAGAAACGAGCUUUUUGCCAAGUUUAUGGGCACCCUGCAGAAUGUAGGUGAGAAAUCAUUCAUCUACGUCCAAAGACUCCAAGUAGUUCUCCUGAUAAAUUUGAUAGAUAGCUGUUAAAGCAGUUGUGUAAAGGCUGUUGGGAUGAUUCCCUUAUUGCAGAAAUUGAGCUUGAACAAAAGGUAAGAAAGCCUCCACCAUUUGCUGAGCUUCUCUUACUACUACACCCAGAAGAAGACAAACAUGCAAAGAAAGCCAUGUGUAAGAAAAAACAUUUGGGUGUUUCUAAACAACCACCAGGAGUCCCCAAACAGCAAGUCUGGUCACAACUGUGACUGUAAGAAAGCAAAUUGCUGAGCUGCAGGCUCAAGUUGCUCAAUUAAAAAACACAAAAGAAAAGCAAAAACAAGAUA